AUGAAGGCGAAGGAAGGGACAGCUGCUCCGUCGAAAGAUGGUGUGAUUGAGAUAGCUGUUACGUUCCUGGAUGAUAGCGUCGAGGUUUUCAAAUUACAGUGCUGGCUAGAUCAUGGGAAAGGACUGGCAAAGCUAGCUCGAAAUUUGAACACCACUUCCCUGGAGUUCGUGUUCUCGGUCAAAUACUACGUUCCUCAUCCCCAUCUCCUUGCUGAUGACUAUGCCAGUGGACUGACAAAAUCGGAGGCUGACUAUCGCCUUCUGGAUGCCGCACGUAAAGUGGAACUGUACGGAGUUCUUCUGCAUCCCGUAAAGGAUGCCACGGAUGAGGACUUCAAUUUGGGAGUCACUUAUGUCGGAAUCGUUGUGUUUCGAAAUUUCUCACGUGUCAAUGGAUUCGGAUGGGUGAAGAUACGCAAACUUUGUUUCAAACGACGAAAAUUUCUUAUCAAACUCCAUACGUACGACAAUGUCGACAGGGCGCUCAGUACUCCGUCCAUUGGCCAAACCGAACACGGAAAACGCAAACGACUUCCGCACUGUCUAGUCCCAAGACACAUUGAUCGAUUUGUCCCCUUAACUCUGCCAAGAUCAGAAACUCCAAGUUUGAACGGUGGACGUGAGAGGUCAUCCUGGGAUGAACCUUAUCCAGAAAGGCCUCCUCUUUCUAAGUUAGGAGCGUCGCCAAUUAACAUAGGUUACACGAAUCAACAAGCACCUUCAGACAAGAAUCAGCCAUCUAUUCAGGAGAAUCUUGCAACAAAACCGACCGGAUCAUCAUCGUGCUCACUGUGUUCCUCGGAGUGUCCAACUCCAAUCUCCCUCCGGAGUAACACCGUUUUAAACCUAUCAAGUCCAUGGGACGUUGUCACUGGAGCCAUGAGCUCCACCAAUCACAGCGCAGAUGAGGAUCAGUCUUCUUCGUGCCCUUCACUUUCAAGUGCAUGGAAGCCGACUCCACUGCAUAUGUGUGCAAGUAUAUCGUCUCCACAUCUGACAGUGAGGUUGGAUUCUACUGAGCAAUCCGACUUUGGUUCUUCACGGCGAAUUUCUUUCCAAAGCGACCUCGUGAAUGCACCCGAUUCCACUGACGCACGGGUUUCAGGAUUUCAGGAUGUGUCCUCCAGAUCUGCUUCAUUGGAUAAUCUAUCUGACAGGUUGGGAGCUUUUGCCGCUGAAACUAAUGGUUUCUACGAUGGUAUUAAAUCAGAAGACAAGUUGGUGUACCCAGUUGGAAAGGAAACUUAUGCGGAAGGAAGAGAUUCACCUGAAAUUCAUGCAGAAUUCCUGCCAGCAUCACCGUUUAAUGUAUCGGUCGAGUUUCAGUCCGCGACGGGUGUUGCUGAAGUCGAAUGUGCUUCAAUAUUGGUGUCGAGCGUGAUAAGCGAUGGAUUACGGCAAAUCGGCCGUACUUUCUCCACACAGCACGAGAACGAUGCUGGUCAAACUCCUCUGGUCCAAACAAAUUCACAGUUUCAUAGUAUCGGGGACGACCAAAAGUUGGAAAGUGAUAUAUCUUCGAGUGUGUUCCAGUUGUCAUCGACGGCUACGGGGGUAGACGCUGAAGUACCGGAAAGUCUUGCAGAUGCCCUUUCUCUUGGGGCAAUUUCAAUGCUAACCGGAAUCUUCAGCGGCGACUCGGACGUGGAUGACGACUCCAUAGCCAAAUCUGCGGUGGUCAGCGAGCAGUAUGCAGCUGCGUCAGUUAAAAGUUGUGUUAGUCUAAAACAACUCGGGCGUGGAUACUGGGGCCCCUCAGAAAAUUCUUCAGAGGAAGAUGGCAGUUCACCUUUUGGUCCGAGUUCGCUGUCUAAAAUGCAGCUGUCCCGAGCAAGGUCUGCUUCUGAUGUCAUUCGUACGCGACGAGGACAGGCGUACGUCAACUCAGAUGCACAACAAGUCAAAAGGUCCAGACCAACCAAAAAGCGGCCUCGACGAACACGCGGUCAGCCGACAACUACUCAACCAAAGGACGGUGAUUCUUUUGCACGUACAUCGCAGCGAGUCAGUGAGCAUACUGAUCAUGUAUGUGGUCUCAAUUUUGCAGUGCACGGGAUCUCCGUGGUGCCAGACGAAAACCCUGUCGGAGCUACGAUUAGUUCGGGUUCAACUUCCAGCUCCCGGAUAUCCAGACAAGGAUCUCUAGGAAGUACCGAUGACACCAAGCUUAAAUCCGCCAAAGGUAUUCCGGUUGCCACAAGAACCAGCGAUUUGCAUCAAUCCCCUCCCAUGUAUAUCGGAUCUAUUCUCGCACAGUAUUCGGAUAUGAUUGAGCUAUACAACAUAUGGCUCAACAACUGUUCGGAGCUGCUAGCAGAGCUUUGGUUGCUGGGCUAUGCGGACUUUCUACACACCUCCCUCGGCUCAUCCUUGAGUUACACGGACACACAGCAACUGAAGGGAACAGAACAACACAUCACAGGUUCCGUCACUUCUGUAGUAGAACCUACUGAUCAAGCAUUCAUUGAAACCUGCUCUUCUCCUUCCUCCGAUGGUCACCAAAACCAGUCUUCUGUUCGUGAACUAUGGCAUGGUAUCGAGUCUCAUCGGGCAUGCACUUUGCCACUGCUUACCUACUUUCUCCGACCGGGUCGUCAUUUGCGUAAAUACUGCGUGCAGCUUGGUGGACUUUUGGGCCAAUAUUCCCCACAGCAUCCAGAUUCAGUUGCCUGCAGAGCUGCAUUCACUCAGUUUGUACAGGCAGCACGUACAACUUAUCCAGUCUACCAACAGACAGAACAACUCGCAAUGAUGUUGCAAAUGUCACGUUGGAUUCUUCCGAUGAACCGCUUUCUUGGGAUUUACAAGACUCCAAACGAGCCUGAAACCUGUAUGAAACCAAAUAUACUGAAAUCUUGCGAGAGUCUCUUAGGUUUCGAUGAACUUUCCCAUGUAUUGACGCAACUGCCACAGCUGCAUCAAUUCGGAUGGCUGAGAAAGUAUUCUAGACGUGGAUUUCAACCUCGCAUGGUGUUCCUCAUUGGAGAUUGUUUGUUGUACGCAAGUCGCAUACAUGGUCUUCCACAAAUUUGUCUUAAGAUUCACGCUAUCAUUCCCCUUCACAACGUGAUAAUUGAAAAAGAAUCCGAAACACAACUUCAAUCACUAGUACCCAACAAAGUAAAUGGAUCUCCAGUUGUAAUUUCGGAAAACUGUGACCACGUAGUUCCAUCGAAUUGCGCAGAUACUCUGUUCUCAGUCACUGUUGUUUACAAAAGUCGACUCGACUCCGCCAAAGCUCAACACGAACGUGUUCCCCCAGAACAGCUUGAUGACAUACCAUCAGUACAUUCCAAACCACCAAUUCACAAGCACCGUCGAAAAAUUAUUUUUUCUGCGCCAACCGAGUUAAUUCGGGACUCUUGGGUAGAUGCGAUCCAAUCAGUGACUGAUAACUUCACUCAUGUUUCCCCGCAACUUGUUUUUAUUCCGACCAGUGCUGAUCUCUUCCAAGGUGUCAUUCGUCUCCCUGACCCUUCGAGUUCUGAUAUCUUGCGGCUGCAGCUCACGCUCCAGUGUGGUGAAAGCAAUCGUACAGGCAGUUCAUGGUCGAUUGAUUGGAAAAACACACGAAUUGCGGCCCAAGGCGUCCUCUGGAAUAACCUACUAAAUGUGUGUUGGAGACGGCACUUGACGAUGUCACAAAUGCAACUUCUAAAUGGCAAUGAUUGCGAAAUGCAUGGAAGUUUGUUCCGGAAGUUUCAACGCGGCUCCGGUUUCCAAAGGUUAUGGACUGUACUCAGCGACUUUCGGCUGACGUUUUACAAGGAUCCCGGCGAUUCACAACCACAAACUACGCUGACUUUGCCCGGUUAUUCAAUCAGUCUCGUGAGCUGCGACACAGAGAAUCGUUCAAAAGACGCAAAACCAGGAAAGGCAAUGUCGGAUAGCGACCUUGUUCUUGUGCGUAAUUCGAAAGAACAUGUGUUUCGCGCAGAAUCCAACCAAGCACUAAUGAGCUGGUUUCAAGCGCUCCAGACCAUCCUUAAUUGUGUCCAACCCUCGGUCCCAUGUGCUUCAGACGAAGCAGUCCCCAAUCUGGAUGAUUUGCCGAGUGGCUUAGUGAUUCCGAGAAGGGAGAGCGCUGAGUUGGUGUUUUCCUGCAGUCCACCCUGUCGCGCCAAAUAAGCUGGAGGCUCGGUUCAGAACUUAGACACUUUUAACCUGUCCAGAUUAGCUUGCGUGUGAACCGUAUCAUCGUUGUAUCAAUGAUUCAGUAUUUUCACUCAGCAUUCUGGUUUUCUCGCACAUGUUCACAACGUUCAUUACUUGAAAUCAGCUGUACAGUUUUCAUCCGUUCUAUUUCGUUGUCCUCCAUUCUUCUGUUGAUUUUCUAUCCUCCCAGUAUCCUUUUUAUUUAUGUUAACGAUGUUAUCCGCUCAAUUUUGAAGCGAUUUCUUGGAAAGAGUUCGAACUGUAAUCAAACCAACUAUUUGAAAUUCGCCAAAUUCAUUCUUUUUUUAUGUGUA